GUGUUGUUGUCAACAUGAAAGUUCUGUAGUUUACGGGCUCUACAGAAGACUGAGGUCAUUUCUGUGUGAAUGGGCGUCGACACAAAGUUACCUCAUAAGGGUAGUGAGGUCACAGUGCCCUGUAGAGGCGGAGCUGAGGUAGCUGCUGUUAUUCAUGAAACCAUGUUUUCUUUCUGAAAGACGGCUUCAUGCUUUUAGUAAUUCAGCAGGAGUUCAGAAACAUUGCAGGUUAACUCGGUGGCUGUUAAGUCCUCCAUGACGGCUCUCACUCCGGGCGCUUGCCACUUGUUUCAUGGCUCAGGUUGUCGGAACUUUCCAGGAGAAACCGUCUGCUUGAAUCGGCGAAGACCUUGCGAGGGGACUGAAUACAGACUUCUUUUCUUUCUUUCUUUCUUUUUGAGUCUGCUAAUAUUUCGUAAUGGUAAUGUUUAGGUUUAAACGGCACUUCUUCACCGCGGUGGCAUUCAUCGUGGUGUCAACCCUGCUGCUGGAAUGUACCACAGCAUGUCAGAAUGGGGAUCAAAAUGAUUCUGGUGAAGUAUGCCGGCAUCUGAAAUUGACCUCAGCACCCUGCCUGGAGUCUGAAUGUGUCAGCGUCUGUGUUUGGAGGCAGCAACGUGGUCCACGUAAGGCCCGAGAGAUUAAAAUUAAGCCCCAAAGUUUAAACAAUUCUUUUAAAAACAAGAAAAACAAGAAAAAGUGUAACAGUGAAACACUAGGGGAAACAAGAGUCAGAUGUGACUGGGUGCCGGUGGGUUUUUUCCAGGCUGUAGCAGGAACUUCUGUCACUAUUUCUUACAGAACAACAUCAGAGAUCAGUGUCAACUAUGAAGUUCCAGACCCCAAACCAGACUUUGAUUUGUCUGUGAAUCAGUCAUCUAAAUCUGUUACUGUCACUGUGGAGCCUGGACACAAAGUCAGAACCAGGUGGUGCUACUUAAAAAGCAAAGAGGGCUGCAUUGGUGGCAUACCUGCGAUUACUAUUGAUCCUUCAAAGUCUCGAUCAGCUCUUCUCGAAAUCCCUUUCCUGCUGCCCUGUGUCUCUGUGCAGGCAUAUUACACCCAUCCAGAUGCUUCCAGACGCCAGAAGUACCCAUUUCAGGGUGAAAGCCUGGCAGAUGUCACAGAUGUUUGGCGCUCCUCUAAACUCAUUCCGUUCGAGUCCCAUCUUCAAUGGAGCUCAGAAUGUCCAGCCAUUGACUUUCAGAUCUCUGCCUCCCUCUGCUGGCAGCAUGAACACCUCUGCACAACUGUACUCGACCUCACACCGCAGGAGACAGGAGAUGGAAACCUAAAUUAUAACACAUCUGCUGUUGACAAGCACCCUAACAUGUGUGUAAAGUUUUCUCUUCAAGGGAGCAAUAAAAUCUACUGCCCCUUCCACUCUCGCAAGUCACCAUGGAAGGUGUACAUCAGACCAGGAAGGCAGAGCAUGUUUUUGUAUCUCACUUCUUCCAUUCCAGCAAAGUUCUCAGCUCAAGUCUGUGCCCUAAGUGGGGAGGGAUGUACACCCAUGGGCCAGGUCCACUCUACAACAAUUGAAGGGAAUUCUACUGAGACAAGGAUGCUUGUUCCUCUUCACCUCAGUGCUGAGAAGAUUUGCGUGCAGGUGUGGCAGUCUGAUCCGGUUCUUCUUGGUAGAAGAAUUCUGUGCAUGGAUGGCUCGCAUAACCGAUGGGGCUUAUGUGCUGUUGCCGCUCUAGUAGUUGUGGUUGCGAUUGUGUUACUGGGAGUAUUCAUCCACCGUCUCACCAAGAUCAGAGCUGCAGGUUGGAUUUCCAUCCAGACCCCAGUGCUGCUGGUAUGCUCAUCAGAGCAUUCAGCCCAAGUCUCUGCCAUGUGUGCAUUAGCCUCAAUCCUGCAGGGUGACCUGAGUGCCACUGUGCACAUGGCUCUGUGGUCCCAAAGCUCUCAAACACAGGCCGGGGCAAGGGCUGGGUCUGGAAAUGGAGUGGCAGAUCUGGGUCCACUUCCCUGGCUGUAUGGGCAGUGGGAAACUGUGCUCAAAGCACAAGGAAAAGUGCUGAUAAUAUGGAGCCCUGAAGCAAAGAAGACCUAUGAGACAUGGAGGGAGGAGAGGGUCAAAAACAAGGGAAAGGAUGAAGAAAAAGAUGGAGAGAAAGAAAAGGACCUUGAAGAGAAUUUAAAACUAUAUGGAAGAAAACUGGGGAAAUCCAAAAAUGAGAAAGCUACAGGAGAAAGAUUGCAUUCAAUUACCGGUAUGGAUUAUAGAGACUGCUACCCGCAUAAUGAGCCCUCUUCAGUGAUAGCACCAGUGUUUAUGGCUGCUCUGGCCUGCCUGGAGGGGGCGCUGCAGGAGUGCAAGUGUCAAGGAGUGGCUCUUGUCUACUUUCAGGGACUUUGCCGCAGCAGAGACAUCCCGAAAGCCUUCAGAGGAAUCCCCCGGUACUGUUUACCGCAGGAUUUCAGGGGUAUAAUACAGGAGCUGGGAGGGAUCAGAAGACAGACAAAAACAGGUACAUUCAGGUGGCACUGCUGGCCCAGGCUCCUCUCUAAAAUGCUGUCAAUAUGGCUGGCACGACGGUUGGCCCGAAGUCUACAAGCGCUGCUGCCUCAGACGCAUGGAAAGAAAAUGCAGGGGUCAAGUGUCACAACGUCACUUAAAAUGAACUCAGAUAAGACGCAGAGUGGGCUCAAGUUGCCACUGGCAUCAAACAAGGCAAGGCCAGGGACUGUGCAAGAGCACGAGCCGCUCCACGUGUCCUCAUGAAGAGCAGACACACUUUCAUCUCAAGUUUCUGAUGGAGACGGACUUUUGUUCUGCUGGAAACAUGAAACAUGCCAGAGACACUGGAGAUAGUGUUACAUUGUGAGCACCCCAGGACAAACACCCUGGAACUAUUCAUUACUUGUCAGCAGCAUUAAAAUGUAACCCCUGGUUUUGCAUAUUAACAGCAGAAAUACUCCGUCCUGUCACAUGCUUUAAGUUUUGACUAUUCGCUCUUUAUGUCGCUUUCAUGACCAGGACUCAAACACCUGUCUUGUCUCUGUAAAUAUGCAACUGCUAUGGAAAUCUGUUUGCAAAUUUGAUCGAGUACGAGUUUAUUUGGUGUUUUGAAACAGGUGAAAAGAGGAAAUGACUUGAACUAUAGGGUGCUUGACUGUUUGACAGUUAGUCCUUGUGGUGGUGUGUUCAAGUGUUUUACAUAUUUAUUCCAUUAGACUUUGAACCUGAAAGUCUACUGCAGCCUUGUUAAGAGCAGACUUUGUUAGUCUGCAGCCAGAGUAUUACAUAUUUGCACACAUAAAUAAAGUAAAAACAAAGAACAUA